GCACACAUAAGUCUGGCUUUUUAUUUUAGGUUAAAAAAAAAGGAAAAUAAAUACGUAGAAUAAUUUUAAUUUCCCCCAAAAUCGAGAAGAUACCCAAACGCAGAACUUGAAACAUCGGGUAAUUUUCUUAAACCCCUGCCCUUGUCUUAGGUCUAAUUCUCGCAUCUACACUUCUCUUCACCCUCCGUCGAGAAGUCGAUCGACAAACCCGCGCUAUUUCACUUCUUCCCUCUUUUUUCAAUACUUCGUUCUCACUCACAAGUUCAGAUUCGUUUUCAAUCCUUUGGAUCUCACUCACCGACGAUAUUCUCAAAAUCUCUCAUGGUUAAAGCUCACAAGCUCCAAUCCCUAAAUCCCUAAAUCUGCGAUAUUCUCAAAAUCAGAUUCGUUUUCAAGCUUCUUCAAUCCUUUGGUACUCACUCACAAGCUCCAAUCCCUAAAUCUCUCAAGCUACGUUCAGAUUCAUCUCAAGCUUGGUUCAAAUUUGGUUCAACAUUCAGGCUUCGUUUAAAUUUUGUUCGAAUCCCUAAAUCUCUCAACCUCUCAAGCUUCGUUCAACUUCUUUCAGCUUCGUUUAACAUUCAAAUUCACAUUCAAUCUUCAAAAUCCAGUGUCUGCAAAGAAACUUUGGAGACUAUGUCAGAGUCGGACGAUGAAGUCAUGCAUGAGGAAGUCAUGUAUGAGGAGAUGAUUAUGGAAAUAAUCAAAGUCGAAGUCAAUUGCAAAAAAGCCCUUGCAAUAAUUAAUAAAUCAAUACAGGAAUCGAAUAACCAGGAACAUCAAUAUUUGUUGGAAUUAAAGGCCCGCGUCUUAUGGUAUAUGAAAAAACGUGAUAAUGGUGUAUUGAGUGCUUUGGGGGAACUGUUUGAUUCCGGGGUUGAAUUCAGAUUCCCAGUGACAUACCUUGUGUAUGGAGCUUCCUCGCACGUUAAAGAAGGUUCUGAAUCUCAACUAAAGAUCUAUAGGCUUGGAUUAGAGCAAGCUGAGAAGAAAGAUGACAAGAUGGUGGAUGAAUUCAAACAGAGACUUCAACCUCUGGAGGAAGCAGCACAUAGGAAGUUAGAGAAGUCAAAGAGGAAGAUGAGGCGCGGGAUGAAUGUGGAAAAGCAGGAGGAAGAGGAAGUUCAAACACCUGUUAAAGAUGUAGAACUGCAAACUGUCGUAGAUGUGACGGCGUCCGAGCAAAGCGUCUUAGAGGAAAAGAAAAAGAAUGAAGAUGAAAUUUUUCCUUUCCAGUUCGAUUGCCAUUUCAAGUUCACCAUGGUUGGCAAAUUAAAAAAUCAAUGUUAUACGGGGAUACAAUAUAUAGGGGAGGUUGAAGUAGAUAAAUCCUUUGUUGCUGCUACUAAAUGUCAAUUGAGCUAUUUUAAGGAACUUUAUUAUCAAUGUUCACGACACCAGAGCCUUUUGACUGUGGAAUCUAUUGUUCAACAUCCCGCUGAUGGGACUGACUUACUUGUAUGUGAAGUGGUCUAAACUUUAAAUGAUUAUUUUGAGGAGCAGAAACUUGAUGGGGCAGAAGUGACUGAAACUCAGUGGUGGGAACAUAUCUCUGAGAAAUUUCGAAGAAAUUUUAGAGAUGUGAUUCAAGGGAUGAUGUUCUUAUACUCAGCAACUGAUUAUGAUUGUGGGGACUUGUCAUUCAAUGUGUUUGUUACAAAAAGUGGCAGAGGGAAGAUUUUGCCAAGCAUGGUUAAGAGAACUGGAACGAAACAAACUGUAGAUCAUAUCAAAAUACUCAAAGAUUUAAUGAAGACAGUCAUUGCUUUUCCAUUCAGUGGCAUUACAGAAAGUUUGGAGCUCCCACUUGAACUACGAAGGUUUUUGGAUUUUGAACAUUCGAGAUGGUAAGUUUAGCACACUAACUUUAAAUCUAUAGUUGCAUGACUAUCAAAUUUUGUACUUGCGUUACUCAUAGUUUAUGUUUCUUGUUUUUUAGUUUCAGUCCGGCUUGGUUUGUGAUUAAUUGUCCCUUUUUCUGGACCGUGGAAGAACGGAUCCAGUUUGCGCAUGAGCUAAAGAUGUUGAUCAAGCUUAAUCUGAAGUUUAGAUAUACGAUUGAAGCAUGUCUUGAGGAUGCAAAUUUGUUUUCUAAUUGGAAUGAUGUUGUUGUUGAUGGCAUUUAUAAGAAGAUACUGGACUAUCAUGGACCAACAACCUCAAAUGCUGAAGAUGAUGAUGCAGAUGAAUCAGCAGCACAUGCAAAAUCCAAAGGUAUGACAUUACUAACUUUCUGCAAUAAAAUUCUGAACACACCUCAUGUUACAAAGUUUUGCGUUAAUAACAAACUGCUGCAUAGGAUCUAUAGGUUUAUUUUAAUCUUCAUUCCCAGGGGUCCUUAAUUUCUUUCUAAGUAACAUGCUUAUGAGAUUCUAAGAUAUUAGUACUAUAUGCAUAUACUUUCAUCAAUAUUUAAAAAAAUAAAUAUUAUAUACCAAAAGAUCAUUUAUAUAUCAUCUACUAGAAACAUACAAAAGGCUGUGCAUAUUAGCCUAUACAACUACUGCCACAUAUUGGUUCAUACAAAAGUACCACUUGCCCAGAAUAUAUAUACAUAAUAAAGUUUAAUAAAGUAACCUGCUUUUUUAUAAGAAAACACAUAUUUAUUCUAUUGAGUUAUUGCAGUAAGCAACUUUGGUUAUCGCUCUAGAGUCGACAUUUGUCGAUUUUUUGUUGCAGCAUACUCGCAUUACUAACCUGGAUAUUUUUGAUCAUUCAAAUGCGAGUAUGCUGCAACAAAAAAUCGACAAAUGUCGACUCUAGAGCGAUAACCAAAGUUGCUUACUGCAAUAACUCAAUAGAAUAAAUAUGUGUUUUCUUAUAAAAAAGCAGGUUACUUUAUUAAACUUUAUUAUGUAUAUAUAUUCUGGGCAAGUGGUACUUUUGUAUGAACCAAUAUGUGGCAGUAGUUGUAUAGGCUAAUAUGCACAGCCUUUUGUAUGUUUCUAGUAGAUGAUAUAUAAAUGAUCUUUUGGUAUAUAAUAUUUAUUUUUUUAAAUAUUGAUGAAAGUAUAUGCAUAUAGUACUAAUAUCUUAGAAUCUCAUAAGCAUGUUACUUAGAAAGAAAUUAAGGACCCCUGGGAAUGAAGAUUAAAAUAAACCUAUAGAUCCUAUGCAGCAGUUUGUUAUUAACGCAAAACUUUGUAACAUGAGGUGUGUUCAGAAUUUUAUUGCAGAAAGUUAGUAAUGUCAUACCUUUGGAUUUUGCAUGUGCUGCUGAUUCAUCUGCAUCAUCAUCUUCAGCAUUUGAGGUUGUUGGUCCAUGAUAGUCCAGUAUCUUCUUAUAAAUGCCAUCAACAACAACAUCAUUCCAAUUAGAAAACAAAUUUGCAUCCUCAAGACAUGCUUCAAUCGUAUAUCUAAACUUCAGAUUAAGCUUGAUCAACAUCUUUAGCUCAUGCGCAAACUGGAUCCGUUCUUCCACGGUCCAGAAAAAGGGACAAUUAAUCACAAACCAAGCCGGACUGAAACUAAAAAACAAGAAACAUAAACUAUGAGUAACGCAAGUACAAAAUUUGAUAGUCAUGCAACUAUAGAUUUAAAGUUAGUGUGCUAAACUUACCAUCUCGAAUGUUCAAAAUCCAAAAACCUUUGUAGUUCAAGUGGGAGCUCCAAACUUUCUGUAAUGCCACUGAAUGGAAAAGCAAUGACUGUCUUCAUUAAAUCUUUGAGUAUUUUGAUAUGAUCUACAGUUUGUUUCGUUCCAGUUCUCUUAACCAUGCUUGGCAAAAUCUUCCCUCUGCCACUUUUUGUAACAAACACAUUGAAUGACAAGUCCCCACAAUCAUAAUCAGUUGCUGAGUAUAAGAACAUCAUCCCUUGAAUCACAUCUCUACAAUUAACAAGAAAAAGAACAAAGAGAUUAACUACUACACAACCUGUAUCUUUUUUUUUUUUUUUUUUUCAGAUUAAGAAAUAAGAAAUAUAAAGGCAGAGAAGAAUAUAUUACAGAAUAAACUAAUACAAUUGCAAACAUUUUACCUAAAAAUUCUUCGAAAUUUCUCAGAGAUAUGUUCCCACCACUGAGUUUCAGUCACUUCUGCCCCAUCAAGUUUCUGCUCCUCAAAAUAAUCAUUUAAAGUUUGGACCACUUCACAUACAAGUAAGUCAGUCCCAUCAGCGGGAUGUUGAACAAUAGAUUCCACAGUCAAAAGGCUCUGGUGUCGUGAACAUUGAUAAUAAAGUUCCUUAAAAUAGCUCAAUUGACAUUUAGUAGCAGCAACAAAGGAUUUAUCUACUUCAACCUCCCCUAUAUAUUGUAUCCCCGUAUAACAUUGAUUUUUUAAUUUGCCAACCAUGGUGAACUUGAAAUGGCAAUCGAACUGCAAUUAAAUAAAUCAAAGCGAACUGAUAAGAUAAUAAUCUUUAUAAAUAUCCUUAAAGACAUUCAAACUUUUAGAGAAUGCAUCCUGAACAUAUGAAAUUAAAUGAUAUUAUUGAUCAUCUAGUUAAUAUCCUCUAAUGAGGUAGGGAGCCGGAACUUGGAUAUUUUGGUUCAUUAUAGCAUUUUGGUUCAACUCUUGGAAACUCUCCUCACACUUAUCAUCCCAAACAAAAGCUUGACUCUUCCUAGUCAACUGAGUCAACGGCAAUGCUAAUUUGGAAAAUCCUUGGAUAAACCUCCGAUAGUAACCGGCCAAACCAAGAAAACUUCGGAUCUCAGUAACAGACUCCGGUGUUCCCCACUCUUGCACGGCUUCAACCUUAGCAGGAUCCACGGCUAUUCCUCCACUCGAUAUAACGUGACCCAAAAAGCUAACUUCAUGCAACCAAAAUUCACACUUUGAAAAUUUUGCAUAAAGCUGUUGGAACAAAAUUGGUUCUAUAGCCCUAAACUUAUGUUAAAAAUUUUUGAUGAUAACAAAAGGUAUUAAAUGCACAAUUGGUAGUACUAAUAUGUUUAUUAAGUGUGCAUGAUCUUAAAAGCAAAUUCUGAUAAUUGUUAAGAACUUGAGAAAGGAGAUAAGUUCUGAAUAGUGCUCAGAAGUUGAAAAUAUUCAGAAGCUCUUGGUCAUCAGAAGAUAGAAGAACAUUCAGAAGCAUCUAUUCACCAGAAGCUAGAAGCCUUCAGAAGAUAACCAAGUUUAUAAAAUUCUGAAGAAUAUCUUCUUGUCAGUACUUCUCAGAGAACGUCAGAAAUGAUUGAAGAAUAAUUCUCUGAUGCUAUGUCCUUGUAUAUGAUUGAAGAAUAAUCAUAGUACAUCAACCUUAUCUUUUAAGGAAGGAGCGUAUGAGUCAUUGUACUAUCUUUUCUCUAUUUGGUGCGUACUAUAUUUCAUGGACAAGGUAGUGGAAGAUUUUUGCUACUUCAAGUAAAGAAUUCAAAACCACCAAAUCAAUAGUACAAUUCAAGCUGACAACCUUAUCUUCUUACAACGGUCAUUCACAAGUGAAGCAUUUCAUUUGCCUAUAAAUACAAGACACUUUGUGAAGAAACGAAUACAGCUAUAUACUGCUAUUACUGAUCUACUGCUGCACCAUUUGAACAAAUUGACAACUUGAUAUAUUUGCACAAGACUACAAGCUUCUAAACAUUCUGAUAUACACUUAGAUAUUUGUUUCAAAUCUUUGUGUAAUAGCUUUAAGUCUUAAGGUGCUUACAUUAUAUCACAACUUUCUUAUUUUUA